CUGGUGUCUCUCCCUCUCAGUCAUCCCCAGGUACAGAGACAACCGUCACCAUGGUGCUUGCUAAAUCCAAAAACUCCGUCGGGCUGGGCAACAGCCUGAUGAACGACCGUUUCGGCAAAGGCAAGGCCUCCAAUUUGAAAAAGGCCUCGCACAAUGCCGGUAUUGCCCGCAAGAACGAAAAGGGCGAGACCUACAUCACCAACGCUCCCACCGAAGCCGCUUGGGUGAAGAUGCGCAGUAUCACCGAGCAGGCCGCCCUCGAUGAGUUCCUCAGUACCGCCGAACUGGCCGGCACCGAUUUCACCGCCGAGAAGAUGAACAACGUCAAGAUCAUCCACACCGACCAGAAGAACCCCUACCUGCUGUCCGCUGCCGAAGAGAAGUCCGCCGUGAAGAAGCACAAGCAGAACAAGAACCGUUUGACCGUUCCCCGUCGGCCCAAGUGGGACCAGUCCACCACCCGCCAGCAACUGGAGUUGAUGGAGCGCGAGAGUUUCCUGAACUGGCGUCGUGGACUGGCCGAGUUGCAGGAGAACCAGGAUCUGUUGAUGACUCCUUUCGAGCGCAACUUGGAGGUCUGGCGCCAGCUGUGGCGUGUCAUCGAACGUUCCGACUUGGUGGUACAGAUUGUCGACGCCCGUAACCCGCUGCUCUACCGCUCCGAGGAUUUGGAAUGCUACGUCAAGGAGAUCGAUCCUAAGAAGCAGAAUUUGCUGCUUGUCAACAAGGCCGAUAUGUUGACUGAGGCCCAGCGUGCCAUGUGGGCUGACCACUUUGAGCGCCAGAACAUCAGCUUCCGUUUCUUCUCCGCCCAUCUGGCCAAGGAGCGCAACGAGCGCCUCCAGCAGGACCUCGACUCGGAGGACGAAAGCGAAGAGGACAUUCCCGAGGAGGAGCAGUUGGCUGAGGGUGCCAAGUCUCUGGACAUUAAGGACGGCGAAGAACCUCAGGAAGAGCACGACGGUGGUCUUGAACUCAACCCCAGCGCCAGCUCCAGCUCUUCCCGACGCACAGAGAUUCUCAACGUCGAAGAACUCGAAGAGCUCUUCCUCUCGAACACCCCUGACACUCUGCCCGACAACGACACGCCCGAGGGCCAAGUCAAGAAAAAGACGACCAUCGGUCUGGUCGGAUACCCCAACGUCGGUAAAUCCAGCACUAUCAACGCACUGCUCGGUGCCAAGAAGGUCUCCGUUUCCGCCACCCCCGGUAAGACCAAGCACUUCCAGACACUCUACCUGUCUCCCGAGAUUAUGCUCUGCGAUUGUCCCGGUCUCGUGUUCCCCAACUUCGCCACCACCAAGGCCGAGCUCGUCGUCAACGGUGUCCUCCCCAUCGACCAGCAGCGCGAGUUCACCGGCCCCGCUGCCCUCGUCGCCCAGCGCAUUCCUAAGCACUUUGUCGAGAACGUCUAUGGCGUGAAGAUCAACACCCGCCCUAUCGAAGAAGGAGGAACCGGUAUCCCCACGUCCCACGAACUUCUCCGCGCCUACGCCCGCGCCCGCGGUUUCGCCACCACUGGUCAGGGUCAGCCCGACGAGUCUCGCGCCGCCCGCUACAUCCUCAAGGACUACGUCAACGGCAAGCUCCUCUUCUGCCACCCGCCGCCUGUGCCCGAAGGCAACGACCCCAUCGACCCCAUUGAAUUCAACAAAGACCUCUACGACAUGGCCCACCUGCCGGCCCGGCGACAAGCCCAACUCGCCAAACUGCUCCAGAACGAGGAAGUCACGGACCCGGAGCUGCUCGCCUUGAUCAAGCCGGUUGAGAAGGGUGCGCGGUCCCGCAACCUCGACACGGGCUUCUUCGGCCCGGGUUCCAAGGGCUCUACGGGCCGUCUCACCCUUCCUUUCAAUGCCCAGUACACGGAUCAAGGCCAGGAAAUGCGCAAGCAUUUGACAGGUCGUAAGGAGCGCAUGAUGGUCGCUCUGGAGCGGGGAGUGGACGUCUCGGAGGUGAAGAGCGGUUCGUCAAAGAAGCAUUUCAAGGCGAAUAAGCGGCGGGCUAAGAAGGUGCGCAAGAACGCGAUGGACGAGGAUUAUUAGCAGCUGCUCGCGGGCGAGUCUAUAUCCAGGUUUUCUUUUUUUGUUCGUUAGAUAAGGUUUGGAUGGGAAAAGUUAGGUUUCAUUACACGAUGACUAUGGGAUUAGGCAUGGCGUACUUAAACAUUAGUAGUACGUGGACAGUGAGGGAUGGAGGGAAGAAGGGAGAUGAUGACGUUUCGUUAUAUCCAUUGAUGUUAUUUAGAGCAGUCCUAUCAUCAGGACGGUGCAUGAUGAAUAUGAUUCAUGAGACUUUGCAUG